UGUUAUCACGUGAGUAAAUUCUUGGCGCUUCCGCGCUGUUUUUCCGCCAUCGCUAUUUCCGCCCCCUAACCUAUGUAAUCUACAAUCUACAUCCAACUCCGAGCGGAUUCCCCGUACAUAUUUUUUAUCCACCAUUCAUCCCUCCUAAAAACAAAUAGCGACAAUGUUUCGCUCUUUGAUACCAAAAUCCACUCGAACUCCUCUCCCCCCAUCAUCAUAUCUUAGACAAAACCCCUUAAAAUAUACCUUCGCAUCACCACUAACCCGACGAACGCUCACCUCAACGCCUCCACGACUCAAUGAUAAUAGCACGCAGCAUUCCACAACUACCAAUGCACCUUCCGCGCAUACAAGUAUAUACAAAAACUUCGGCGGGGCCUUUGCAAAAGUUUUCCUAGGCGGCGUACUCACAUACCAAAUUAUCUAUUGGGCAUGGGUGAGGCUGGAGGUUGAUGAGGAGAAGGUUAUCAGGAAUAAGGAAAUAGCUGAGCUAGAAACUAAGGCGCGGGAGUUGUCGGCGACGCUAAAGACGAAGAAGAAUGAUUGAUUUGCCAAGGUGAUGGAUGGAGCUUUAAUAAUGUGUUAAAAUUUCCAGGAACGGAUAUCACUGCGGCUGGAAGCUAAGGCGGCUUGUAUAUUAUAUUACUUUUUCUCUUUCGUGUUUUUCUUCUUCACUUGUUGAAUAUUAUCCAUGGAUAUGAUCGGGUAUCACGAGAUGCUGAUUGGGUUUGUAGGCGAUGGUGAUGUUGAGAUACCAAUGCACCGACCCUUUGCUAUCUAUUGUAUAUUCUGCUUUUGGGGAUCGAUGAUUACGACACAGACUAAACAUCUAAGGCUACUUUGCAUUGAUACAAUGGUGAAGUCCUGAUUCCAUGACUUCUGUAUUAUAUUCUCCUGCAAAUAACCCGCACAAAUACAUGUAUGUGCCCAUAUACCCAACGAAACACACGACCUAAGCAGCAUCAAUCAUUGAAGGGGUAAGAAACUUAGAGCAUAUUCACAAGUAUCCCAAUCCUCCCUUCCCAAUUGCCUCCAGGUCAGCACGAAUCUCCCAUAUAUCUGCACCGACCCGAUGCGCAAUCUCCGCCUUUCGCUGCGUGCCCAAAUCAAGCCAUCUAUGUAGCAGGUCACCAUCAACCAUACCCCGUCCACCAAUGCCAUCGCUCUCAAUAGCUCGGAACGCACGGGGGUUGAGCCCACAAGGGUGCUCGAGCGUAUUGAUCAACUGAGAUUGCAAGGCGGAGAGUCUUCGGUAUGCAGUUUCAGAAAGUGGAGUGAUGAGUGCGAUCGACCCGGUUUCCGAUGUUACAAGGACGUGAUAGAGCGGCCCGGAGGAAUCGAGUUCCAUCAUGUCUGGGUUGGCGUCUGGUCCCUGAGCUGAUGGAAUUAUUGUUCGGGGGAGUAAGGUCAUGGUUGAGGCAAAAUGGCCCGUGUGAAAGGUGCUGCGGUGCAGUAAUCUGUCACCCUUGGAAGACCCAGGGUCUUUUGGGAGGUUUUGUCAGAAUAACUUUCAUCAAAUUAGCGAAAAGGAACUGUUUUUGUCUCACCUUCAGGAUCAUACUGCAGAACAUGUAUGUUGCAGUCAUCAUCAGCGACCAAUAUGUAUAGACGUUUUCCAUCAGGAAGGAAGUCAGCGGCCAUCACUUGGAGCGUGCCGUCAUCCUUACUGAAAAGAGAUAGCUUGUAUGGCUCCUCCUAUAAAUUUGCGGUUAGACAUUUAUGCUGCAUCGGGGUAUAGCAGCGGAUAAACUUACCGAAUACCCUGCAAACCAAAUGCCCUUCAAAGCGUCUCCCAUGAUGCACAUCCCCGUACCCUUGAGCUCUUUAAGAACAUUAACGUAGCAUUGCAUAUCCAUGAACGCCACCGGUAAAAGGCUACCAUCCUCUUUGAGGCCUCUGACUAUGCACUUCUGGCCCUGGGCAGCAAUCAAAAACCCUUGACCACCAAUUCCUGAGAGAGAUGUCACAGCGCCCUUAACCUCUUCCUUGGCGAUUAACUUGAGCUUCCGGUUGGUCUCUGGUCUGUCAACCUCAGGAACGACUUCGAUGACUUCGAAAAUGUAAAUGCAACCACGUGCAGCAAUGUCCUCUCCUCGCGUGACUGCUGUACCUACUGCAAUCAUAUCCCUACGUUCAUGCGUAAUUUCCGAUACCUCAAGGUCCAGGCAUUUAACACACAUUAUACGCUCCGCAGUUCGCAAAGUAUGACUAGAACGUGUGUUAAAAUAUUAUAUUGACGAAUCGAAUAUAUGCUCCAAAUUUCCUUACCUAUCGAUAAUCGACCACGUCCUCGGACUUAAUAGUUUAACACUCCCCUGAUCGAUUUGGGGGAGGAAGGAUAUCACUAAAUUUAUUUUUUGGAUUAGCAAUAACUGCCUUCACGUGAACAUGAUUGCGAUCAUACCUUCGUUUCGCCAUUCAGGAUGGAUUUCAUCAUCUUCAGGCAGGUUGAAGUCGACUUUUUGGCUGGUUCCGAUAACGUAUGUUUCUGACGAGGAGGAAUACUCAACAAUAUCUACCUGUUCGCCGAGGCCAAUUUUUCGUGUGGCCCACGAGCCAUCAAAAUGAGUGUUUCUGGGAAAUCGAC